GAUCUCUUGCUGCUCAACCGCCAAAGAGAUGUGGGAUAAACUUGAGGUGACGUACGAAGGAACGGACCAAGUACGUGAAGCCAAGAUUGACUUCCUCACCCAAGAAUAUGAGAUGUUCAGGAUGAAGGAGCACGAGAAGAUCGACGACAUGUUCGACCGAUUUUCCAAGAUAGUCAACGAUCUCCAUGCAUUAAAGAAGACAUACACCGACAGGGAUCUUGUGCGAAAGAUCCUACGGAGCUUGACAUCCGAAUGGCGAUCCAAGGCCGAUGCCAUCUAUGAAUCAAUCGGCACAUCAAAUGUCACCAUCGACGGUCUAAGAGGUAAUCUAAAAACCUAUGAAUCUACUAUUCUUAACCCGUCUUUGAAUGACCAAAGGAAAGGGAUAGCAUUAAAAGCCGUCAAAGAAUCAACGAUGGAUGAUUCAAGCGACGAUGAUGAAGUCAAGCAUGUCAUGAAGAAGUUCUGCAAACUUCUAAGAAAGAAAGAAAAGGUUGAGGAUGGCCCUGUGUGCUAUGGAUGUGGAGAAGCCGGUCACAUCAAGAACAAAUGCCCGAAAAGCGGAAGGAAUGCUCGACACUUCAAAAGGCAAAGGGCGUAUAUCUCUUGGGGUGGCGACUCCGGCGACGAGUCAACUGAUCAAGACGAGGAUGAAACUGCCAACCUCUGUCUCAUGGCGCACGAAGACCAAACCGACGAUGUACAAGAG